AUGGUCAACGCGGCGGUCAAGAUCAACAAUGCAGCUGCGCAUGCGAUGGGCAAAGUCAAGAACGUGACAUCCAACACGUCACAUCAUUUCGACUCGGAGAAAUCACUGGUCCUGAUCACCGGAGGAACGGGCUUCGUUGCUACAUGGGUCAUCAACCAAUUCCUCACAUCCGGAUACCGUGUCCGGACAACAGUCCGCACCCCUGCAAAAGGCGACAAGGUGAUGAAGACGCAUGCCAAGUUUGAACAACAUCUUGAACACGCCGUCGUCGACGACAUCACGAAAGUAGGCGCGUUCGACGACGCUGUCAAAGGAGUCGAUGGCGUUGUUCACACGGCUUCACCUUGUGGUCCGAUUGGGGAAGAUAACGAACGUGACCUGUUGCGUCCCGCAAUCGAAGGGACAAGAAGCGUCUUGAGAUCAGUCGCCGAAAAUGCGCCUCAAGUCGAAAAAGUGGUCAUCACUUCAUCUUUCGCUGCCAUUCUCGAUCCAAAGCAAGGUCUCCAUGCUGGACACACGUACUCCGAAAAGGACUGGAGUCCAAUUACAUAUGACGAGGCCAAGACUGGAGACGCAGUCACUGGCUAUCUAGCGUCCAAGACAUUUGCAGAGAAAGCCGCGCACGAGUUUGUCGAAGAGCAUCAGCCCAACUUUACGAUCGCAGCAAUUUGUCCGCCAAUGAUAUAUGGACCUCUCGCGCAUACGAUAAGCAUCGAAAGUCUCAAUACCAGCUCUGCAGACAUAUGGCGAUUCCUCGAUGGCUCCCUCUCCGAGAAAGGCAUUCCCGACACGUCCUUUCCAGUCUUCGUCGACGUGCGAGACGUAGCGCAAGCACACCUCAAAGCGUAUGAAAAAGAUACCAAGAAGAACGAGCGGUACCUGGUCGCUUGUGGGACUUACUCGUAUGCUGAUGUCGCUUCGGCGCUUCGCAAGGCAUUCCCGGAACGGGCGCACAAGAUUCCGGACCCGAAGAGUGCAAAGCCUUCGGAGCAUUACGAAGUUGAUAACUCAAAGUCGAGAGCCGAACUCGGACUGCGAUACAUUCCAUUGGAGCAAUGCGUGGCAGAUGCGGGGAGGAGUCUGAUACAGGUGGAAGAGACCAGUUUUUUCUACUAUACCUUAAUGUUUACGAAUAUGAGAGGUCUCAAUCUUUCGUCGCGUCCUCUGAAUUGCUUAGGGCAUCAUCAGCUUCGUUGGUGGUACUGUAUUGGCACUGCUUCUUCGAGUUUCUCCGCUUUUUCCCGAAUCCGACUUGACGAAUUCCCAAAUUCGACUCAGACGCACGUCCAAUCCACCAAUCCACAUCACUUCACUUCCUUCUCGCAUCACAACGGCAAUUCGCGCAUCCGACAAACAAGUUCCCGCAAACGGAUCUCACUCCAACAAGAAGCAAAAAAAAAAAUGACAACCAAAGCCCCGCCUUCAGCCCUCGAGCCUUAUUUGCGCUUACCGCCGGAAACUUCCCUCAUCCUGCUGACUUCCACUUUGGGCUGUAGCGUCAAUUGGCUUACUGCGAGGUUUAUUGGGAGUGCUUUGCAGAAUUUUGGUUCUUUGUCGACGACAGGACUAGAAGGACAGCAGAGUGAUGAUGGUGAAAAGCAAGAUGUUGCGGUGUUGGUCGUGAGUUGGAUGAGAGAUUUGAAGUUUUGGCAGGAUGAGGUGCGGAGGGUUGCGGGCAUCGACAUCUCUAAACCUCUCUAUGCCAAACGAUUCGGAUUUGUGGAUUGCUUUAACACUACGCCAACAGCAAGCCUGCAAGAAACACAAUCACGCAUCUCAACCGCAAUAUCCAGACUCUCACAAGAAGAAAACCCACAGUCCAGUCCAAAAAUCCUCCUCAUCCUCGACCAACCCGACCUCCUCCUCGCCACUCACCACCCCACCCUAACAUCCCAAGACCUCUCAACUUUCCUCCUAAACCUCCGCUCAAUUCCUCAAAUCCACUCCACCUACCUCUCCUUAUCCGCAGAUUUGCCACUCAUUGCCGCCGCAUCACCUGAAACUUCCUCUUCUUUUGCAUCGCCACUCGAAACAGAAUCCUCCGCAUUCAUCGUCACUCAAGCACAUGCUAGUCGAGUGUUAUUCAGUGUCCGAGAAUUGGAGACCGGAGCGGCGAAAGAUGUGAGCGGGGUGUUGAGGAUCACGAAGGGAGGGGAUUAUUUUGCUGUUGGAGGGGAUGAAACUGAUGAUGAGGAUGGAGGUGAUGGCGAGGGUGGAGAGAUUAAAGAAGCGGAGUUGUUGUAUUUGCUUCAGAGGGAUGGUGGGUUGAAGGUGUUUCAGAGAGGGGAGUGAGAAAAGGUUUGCGUAUAUGGGGUUGAAUGGGAGGGCGAAGGGCGGGUAGUAGACGAGGAGCUGUGGCGAUGUCAAGACCGAGGAAGAAGGCGGUGGCGGUAGCGGCAUUUGUGCAGGCGGACGCGAAAUUUUCUACGAGGAAUCUCAAUGAGAAUGAAUUCGAGUCUGAAGAGUGGUGGAGCAAAAAUCAGUCAUAGGUCUUGCGAACUCGCUGAACAUAAUUGUAUCGAUGACCGGAUCUGUCGCACUCGAAUUAGUGUCACUCGAACCUCCAGCUCACCACACACUCCUCGCUACAUCACAUCACUCUCCCUCAUAUCAUAAAAUCAUACACCUUGCGUGGGCGAUCCAACACGAUCUUCCUAAUAAAUUCUACUCGCACGAGUAUCCAUGUAUGCCGGAGGCGGUGUCAAGACUUCGCCAUCAGUCUCCAGCUCUUGACUGUCUGUCUUCAAACGUUUGGGCUUCCAAUUCCAACCUCGACGCACGCUAUGGCCAGUGAGCAUGUCGUCCAUGCUGUCACG